AUGCUCAGUCACGAGGAUGUGGAAGGAGUGGCUGGCGAACUACUCGCCUCUGCCGGACUCGAGCUUCUACACUCCGAACAACUUCAAGCUCUGUGGGCAGAUUAUGGUUUCAUCUAUGCUGUGGAGGCGAAGCGCAUCGCGUCUACCGCCUCGGUUUCGAGUCAAAAGUUCUUAGUUGGAGACCCUUUGGAGGGUGAUGGCAAAUUGCGGCUCGUGCUAAAGAUCAUCUCUCCCCAAGAUGCGAAAAGUGAGGAAGGUCAUCUCCGAAAGCUCUUCAGCUAUGAGGUGGAGCAGUAUUUCUACGACAGAUUGGCCCCCUUGUUGCCGCCUAGUGUAAAAGUGGCCAAUUGUCUGUGUUCAACGCGCUAUUUGGCUCCAGGCGUAGCUGGAGGCGAGAGAAGGGUUACUGCAACUUUAAUGACUGACUUGAGGGAACAGUUUCCUGUUGCUGGAGAGAAGAGGAGUGACCUAACAGUCGCGCAAGUCUACUCAGCCAUUAAAUGGCUUGCAGACUUCCACGGUAGCUCCUGGUCGAUGCGGGAUGAUCAUACAAUGCAUGGGCUCCUCUUACCUCCCUUGGAUGAGUUGGAAGCUAGAAGAACUGUGAAAGAACUGCCACCUAGAUCUAUCUGGCGCAGUGGCGGAUACACGUACCUGGCUACGAGACAGACGGAGUACGCCUCGCUGGCCCGAAGAUCGAACUCCGAAUGGUCAGCAGUCUUCUGCAAGCACGAAGGUACAGCCACGAUCGCCGAAAAGGUCGCAAGAUUUCUCAAUCCCAAGGGCCGGUCGUUCGAGACUUUUAUACACGGCGAUGUCAAAUCCGAGAAUUUAUUCUCUACCGAGUCAGGAGACAGCGUUGCUUUUUUUGAUUUCCAAUAUGUCGGGUUGGGUCUAGGAGCCAGUGACCUCGCGAAACUGUUUACUUGCUGUGUUCCUUUGCACAUGCUUGUUGACAGAAGCGCACCACUCCCUGACAAGAUAGCCAUGCAGCAAGGGGAACUGAACCUUCUGAGGCAGUAUCACCAAUUGCUUACCCGCUAUGAAACAACUGAUGGCACCAAGUACGAUUUCUCGGAUUUCCAGCGUCAUUGGGAAACGGCGCUUGUCGAUUGGUGCCGGUUUCAGGCUUCGUGGGGGUUUUGGGGCAAUACGGGCUGGUUGCAAGGGCGUGUUCGGUCCGUCGUAUGUGACGAAAGCUGGAGAAAUUGGUUGAAUCAACAGGUGUAA